AUGCGUCUACUAGAGGUUGAGAACCAAAACGACUUUAGCGUAACAAGAGAUCUUCUUGACGAAGUGCCUCCGUAUGCGAUACUGUCGCAUACUUGGGAGGCUGACGAGGAAGAAGUUACCUUGCAAGACAUAGUGACAGGCACUGGUAAAGACAAAGCAGGGUAUAGAAAGACCCAGUUCUGCGGAAAGCAGGCUGCUAGCGAUGGCCUUCGCUACUUCUGGGUGGACUCUUGUUGCAUCGAUAGAUCGAAUUACACGGAACUCUCAGAAGCGAUCAACUCAAUGUUCCGCUGGUAUAAGCACGCAACUAAAUGCUACGUAUACCUUGCCGACGUCUCAGCCAAUACUUGCAGCCAGACCAGUCAAUCGCCCGAGAAGACAUGGGAGCCCGAAUUUCGAAACAGCAGAUGGUUUACUAGAGGUUGGACACUGCAGGAGCUUCUUGCUUCCUCAGAGGUUGAGUUCUUCUCUCGCGAAGGCACCAAACUCGGGACUAAGAAAUCGCUGGAGCAACAAAUCCAUGAAAUAACGGGCAUUCCUAUCCAAGCACUGGCAGGAAGUCCCUUGUCUGACUUCAGGAUUGAAGAAAGACUCUCUUGGGCAGCGAAGCGCCAGACUAAACGUGAGGAGGAUGCGGCGUAUAGCCUACUCGGCCUCUUUGACCUCCACAUUCCGCUCAUCUAUGGCGAAGGGAAAAGCAACGCUAUAACACGGCUAUUGCACGAAAUU